UUAUGUCUGAUUUAGAUAGGCCUAGCCUAACAUUCAAUUUUUCCAUAAUCAUCAUGACUUACUUCAUGUCUAGUGUGCCCCUCUGGGUGGGGCCGUUGCUCCACGCGGCCUCCAGGCUGAAGAAGACAGACCGGAUAAAACGGAGAAAGGUUUAUCGUUUAAUCCAGCGUCAGUUAGUAAGCGUCACUUAGUAACUAUUUUAGUAGUAGUAACUAAAAUAGUAACUAUUUUAAUAUCAUUUUCACGUUGUUGCGUGAUUUUAACGCAAAUGUUGACAGCUAAACAACAAGAUCGGCUGCAGCACAUGUGACAAACCCACUUACGUGUAUCCAGCUGAGCUCAAAGAGAUGGUCCGAGCAGCCUUUCCAAACGACAUCUGUCACUAUGAUGACCCCUGUCACGAAAAUGUUGUCGCCAUCACUAUGGAUGACUUGAAAAGGAUGGAGCUCUCUUGACCAGUUACAACUAAAUAUCCAGCUUACUGAGUAACUGACCUGCUGGACACCAUGACAACGUACACAACCUACACAAACACCACAGCAGAGUUACUUCCAUUACUAACUGUUUACCACAAGGCAUUACAUAAUUCGAGGCUAUAUAAAACUUUAAAAAAUGCCUCCAGAAGGAAAAUCUGACAUGGAGCGGAUUGGCAUCUUUAAGGAGAUGGGAUACAUCUCAAUAGGGGACAAAUAUACGCCUUUUAUUUACCGCCCAUUUAAUGAUUCCGCAUACAAGAGCAAACAGAUGCUGUCAGGAGGAGCUAAAUCAAAGAGCGCGCUCCAGGCGGGAUACUUCGACACACAGUUUAAGAGGAUCUUUGAGAGAGAGGCGUUCACAGACCCUGUCAAAAUAGAAAGGCAGUACAGGAUACAGCAGUCCAAAAAGAACAUAGGCAAAGCCUUUCUUCCCAGUAACGGAGAGAAAAAAAAAUGUGGAGUGGGCAGCUAUUACGGGACAUUUGGAGGCCCCAUUCAAGCAAUGAGUGCCCUCCACAGUCCAAGGAAACCAAACAAAUCACCUGGAAAAAACUUCUACACCAAUCCGCCCAAAAAGGGAAGUGGUUACGGCUAUCCCGACGUCACCCUCUCCAAGACGGUGUCCUAUUCCUCAGACCCCUAUGACAGAGCCAAGGAAAUGCUAAAGCGUGAGAUCAUGGCACACAAAUCCAUGCUAAAAGGGGGAGCGUUUCGUUUGAACCUUCAUCCAGUUGAAUGCUUUGACAGCAAUCCCUACAAAUUUGACAAACCUCUACCACCUCCAAAGAAGACAGAGGAGAAAAAGCACAUCAACGUGCCCUUCAAACCAAGUUCACCCAGUAAAAAGUUUUAUUUUCUGCAGACUGGAGGCAUGAAAGCUGGAACAUUUGACUCCUACCCCACCUACUCUGCAGAACCCUAUGGCACCAAAAAGACCAAAUCAGCAAUGAUGAAUAAGGAAGUACAGAUAUUUCAUCCGCCCCCCGGUCCAAAAAGCACACCUGUCAAGAGCAUCAUCAGCCUCAACGUCAAUAAGGCUGUGAACUCCACAAACUACAAUCGAAUCCCCUCUGUGAUGGCGUACUGAGAACGUGUGAUGUCGCCAGGUGAAUAAUGAAAGUCAAAUACUGGUUUUUAGAUUAAAAAGCUGCAAUUUUGUUGUUAACUCUUUAAAGAUUAACUGUUUAAAGAGUGCAUAUGCUUAAGUCUAGCUCA